AUGUUCCAGUCACAGUUCUCUCAGUUCUUCCCGCCCAAGCCCCUGUUCACCGAGGCCGACGUCGGGCUCCAGCAUAGCAAAGUCGCCAAGGUUCUGUAUCGAAAAGGCGGCCGCGUCUACAUUGCCGGGCGAUCCGAGGAGAAGGCGAGGGAGGCACUAGCAUCAGAAGCCUCAGUCGACGCCUUCAAGACAAAGGAGUCACGACUCGACAUCCUCUGGAGCAACGCCAAUGUAUCACAACCACCCCUCAGCAGCGUCUCGAAACAAGGCAUCAAACUGCAGCUCGCCAACUGCCUCGGACCCUUCCUCUUCACCCAGCUCCUUCUUUCGCUGCUGGAAAUCACCGCGGCAGCCUGCGCGUCCACCUCCCCCGGUUCCGUCCGCGUCGUCUGGAGCAGCAGCCAGAUGAUGGAACUGUCCGCUCCAGGCGGAGCCAUCGUUAUGUCAGAGCCACGCCACCCGCCCAAGGACGACGCCACGCAGAACUAUGUCAACUCGAAAACGGGCAACUAUCUCCUGUCUGCCGAGCUGGCACGCCAGCAGCGCCAGUCCCACUUGGCGGCUCCCGUCCUCAGCUUCACCUCCAACCCUGGUGCGGCCACGACAAGGCUGUUUCGGCACAAGUCGUGGUUGAACUACCUCGCCGGACCGCUUUUGUACGACGCGAGGCUGGCGGCACUGAAGCAGCUGUAUGCUGACUUGUCGGCGGAUAUUGGGGUUGAGCAAAGCGGAUGCUUUGUAGAUCUGCUUGAGGCCGCCAAGAUGGAGAAGAACUGUGGGAAGGGGAAGAAGGUGAGGGAGAUAUGGGAGUUUUGCGAGGAGAUGACCAAGGGUUAUUGCUAG